GAGGGCUGGCCUGGUGUGGGGUGGUGCCCCAUCCUCAGGUUUGCCCGUCCCUUUGGCUUCCAGUGUUCCCCCUGCUGUCCCUGGGUCCCCAGCUGAGCCCACGUGGGGACAGCCCUGCGGUGAGCCUGACCGAGGACAGCGUGCACCUGGAGCAGAGCGUGGUGCGUGAGUGCGUGAGCACAGCAGGCGUCCAGUGCCUCCUGCUGGAGGAGGUUGUGGAGCCGUGUGGAUCUUCGGCCUCACUGCCAAGGACUCUGGAUGGCUGACAGCCCUGAGCAGCGUCGUGAAGACCACGUUCCACUACGAGUUCCGCCACCUGCGACACCGAACUGGAGAGCCCUGGCCAGAGGACCGCCUGCUGCCAGGAGGUGUCCGCAUCCUGCAGGGUCUCCGCGGGGGUUACUGUGGUUGUCACCUGAACCCCAUGUCCUACACCCAGCACUGCAUCACCACCAUGCCUGCCCCCUCCUGGAAGUGCCUACCUGCUGUGGAUGGGGACUCCCAAAGCCAAGGUCCCAAUGACAGCAGCUUUGAGCCAGCCAGUGGAGUCCUCAGCCAGGAGAACCGGGGCCUGAGCUUCCUGCUGAAGCAGGAGGACCAUGAGAUCCAGGACGCCUACCUGCAGCUCUUCACCAAACUGGAUGUGUCUGUGACGGAGAUGAAGCAAUAUGUCCCUCAGAUCGACAGGCUUCCGUCCACCUUCACGGAGCCCACCUCAGGUGGGUCCUGCGAUCCCCGCUAGGCCGAGGAGGCCUCGUCGCCCCCGCUCGUCAGUGAAGAAAAUGAGAUGGACAGAACCGACCACGGGGGCAUGAAGAAAGUGUGCGGCAAGCUGUCUGAUGUGGAUCGGGAGGACUCGGGUCAUGACACCAUG